ACUUAGUUCAGCACUUGCUGCAUUAGGAAGUCAGAUCUUGCUAUGGGCGCUUGAUGGCGCUUGACCAAAUUUUGGGCAUACCGCUAACCGAUAAGUUCUGCUUGCGCCUCUCCCACCAGCAAACUGUGUACGCUGUGCCCAUAGUGCCUCCAGUGUUUCCGUCUACUCACAGAGCUAACUGGACUUCCUCUGAUCUGUCAUAGCCUUUGAUGGCGACUGCUUUGCGUCUUCCACCGGGUUUACUCGAUCUUACGCUCAGUCGCGUUUUCGCACGAACGCCUAUAGCUAGCGUGCGUCCAUGGAGAGGUUGCGAGACAGUCCUUCGCAGACAUGGACACAGCGCCGCUGUUCUGCUGCAGCAGUCGCCCGCAGACUACGACUAUGAUGCAUUGUCGUUGUACUCAGCCAAGGGAGAGGGCACGGAUAGAACAAAGCAGUCCACCGAAGUGUCUUUCCAGGAGGAGUUUCAUAACCAGAACCGCGCGCUAUCGGAGCUGGAGGAACGGGUCCGCGCACUGCAGGAAGCCGUGAAGGACCAGACAGCUCUCACCGACUCCGCGUCGUACUCAGAGGAAGACCUUCUGCAAGUGUACGAGGAUGUUUUGGCGCUGCCCCCGUCCAUGCCCUCGGAGCAAGACAAAGCUGUCGAGCCGCGUGACAUCGCGGUAGAAGAUGCAGCACUUCUUCAAGGGAUAGCAAUGCGAUGGCUCGAAGGCCUAGACUCUCCGGCGUCUUCGUCUACAACAGACGUCAGCGUACCACGCAGUAUAAUCGCUCGUCUGCGAGAGGUUGCCGCAGGCCUCGAACGUUUGGACCAGCCCCUUCCGCAGCGUGAAGGCGAAGAGAGCAAUGUAGAUGAAAUUGCGCUUUCCGUGCCGACUGGCAUGCUCACUACCGAGGAGUGGCUAGCCCUCAUACGCACUUUUUUCAGAACCGAUGACAGCGCCACAGCGGAGACUGCGCUUAGUCUGAUGAAGUCAACCGGUGGGCUGGGCCUUGAGGAAGCUGUCAACGAAGUUCUCGCCUCAUAUGCGUCUGUUGGUGAUGUAACCAGCACGGAAAGAGUGCUACAGGCCCAUGCACCGUCGCCCACAGAAGUACAGCGAGACUUCCACAUCAAGGCAUAUUGCAAGGCGUUGGCUCCUGGCGCGCUCCCGCUGCGUGUGGAAGAACUCCUGCACGAGUAUGAAUCCCGCGGGCUACCAGCGCCGAUGAAGUCGUACACCCGCGUCCUCACGGCCCUCCUGUCUUCGCGGACAAGACCGUCCCUCGGCCACGCUCAAGCUUGGGAUCUCUUUGCUCAUAUGCGUUACGCUGUUCACCCCGAACCGGACAUUGCGCUCUACACCCUGAUGCUUCGGUCGUGUGCACACCCUGCGAUGCCUGCGGAGCCCGAGCGUGCCCUCGAUCUCUUCACAGAGGCUACGGUGGACCACCGGCUGGCGCCGACUCCCGCGGCGUUUUCGGCUGCGAUAUACGCGCUCUCGCGCAGCGGGGAGAAGCGUUAUAUCCGGGAGGCGUUCCGGCUCGCGAAGCAGAUGGUAGAUGGCGACCGCGACGCACGGGGGAUGAGCGCUUUCCGACCUGAUCGGCGGCUGGUGGACGCCCUGCUGGAAGGCGCGAAGCGAAUUGGGGACCUCGCGAGAACCCGCUGGCUUCUCGCCGUUAUGGUGAGGCAGACCACACAGGCUGCCGCUCAUGCAGCCGAGGAUGCAGGCGGCCGCAAUGCGCCGGAGUCCUGGCACAUGUUACUCAACGAGGGCAUCAUGAGGCAUGUCUUCCAUACGUAUGCGUCUUACAAAGUGCCGUUCACUCCGUCGCUGGCAAAGAUAGUCGAAGAACCCGACGCAAGGACCACCCCGAACGAAGCGAACCUGUCGGAAAGCGAGAACAAGGAUGCCUCGGAGACAUCAGCUGCAGAGGCAGCGACGGAUAUGGAGGAAGACUUCGCGUCCUCAGGCCUGCCAGUGCAGGAGGACAUGUCUAGCUUUUCACACAUCCCGCCUCAGUCUCGUGCCGAAGUUGCUAGGGAGGUCGAUAUCCUGUUCUCCCGGAUUGUCGAAGAUAACAGGCUGAAGCAUGACUUGGCCGAGCGCUUUGACUUUGGUCAAGAGGAGCCCACCCUGAGCCCGGGACCGUUUCAGCAUAUCGCACUGACAACGCGCCUCCUCAACGCCUAUCUCUCUGUCCACUACGUGCACUCUCGAUUCGAGGUCUGGGGUGAACUCUAUCGCACGCUAUUCGACCAGCUGAACGUCCCGCGAGACGCCAAGACGUAUGUCGAGGCGCUCGAGCGUUGUUCGACAUCGCACAGGUCGGAGCGACACCUGGCGCUCCGGCUGGCAGAAGAGAUCUGGGGCAGCUGGCAAAGCAUCGAGGGAGCGUGGUCUGUGGGCGGCGUGUCUGACCGUAAUGACCCUGCCGUCAGCACGCUGAACGCGCGGCUGAUUGAACGCGCAAACGUCGCUAUGAUUCGGAUCCUGUCCCUAACGGGCCAGGCUCGACGUGCGCUCGACGUAGUCCAAUCCUUUGCUGCGCGUUACCCUCCAGGACGGCUUCUCCGAGUCGAACCCAAACAUCCUCUCCGAUCCUCUCGUUCUGUCCUCGAAGGUGCGAGACCGCUCGUGAGGUUGUCCAGCUCCGUGGAUAUUCCCGACGACACCGUUCCACCGCUGCUUACGUUUACCGAUCUCGAGGUUCUACACUCCCGAUUAGUGAGAAGUGACGAUAAGGCCAGCAUCCGCUAUGUCAAAUGGUUAUGCAAGACGUACGAAGGUUACCUCCGGAGACGACGGGAUGCUGCAAUGUUUGUUGCUCCGCCUAAGCAAAGGCCCGGUGCGGUCCCGACUUCGGCGCAAUGAUUCUUGGGCGCGGAAGUGUUGCUUGAAAUGUAAUGUACACGCGUAUAAUCUCCGGUUUAAUUGGUUUGUUCGGAUGGUCGCAGCAUUGUCACAUGCAGA